GUACAAUUUCCCGGCAACACCUUCGGUAAACGUGCACCGAUUCUAGUUAGGAUCGAAAUUUAACUUAAACUAAAAAUCAAUAGAGUCUUGAUGACUGCUAUAAAUACGGAGUCGAUGUGCUGAAACAAUCAUCAAAGUCUAUUUAACAAAACACAAAAGCAUUCAUCGGUAGUUCCAAGUGAGAAGUUGUGGUCAUUAGCCUUUCGAUAUCGAUGGCGGAUCAUCAUCAGCAAGAGACGGAGGCCGCUUCAAAAGGGUGUGGAGUGUUCGACUUCCUGAAGAAAAAGCACGACGAGAAACCGCUGGAUAACCCCGACGUCAUGACUGAUGCUGAGGCUGUGUGCCCUCAUCCGCAGCCCCACCAGGGGUGCGAAGAGAAGCCUUCUCUUGCUGAAAAGCUCCACCGUUCUGAUAGCUCUUCAAGUGAUGAGGAAGAGGGUGAAGGUGGAGAGAAGAAGGAGAAGAAGAAGAAGGGGCUGAAGGAGAAGAUCAAGGAAAAGGUGUCUGGUCAUGACAAAGAAACAGAAGAGGCAGAGGCUGAUGACAAGGAAGAUAAGAAGGGUAUAAUGGAGAAGAUCAAGGAGAAGCUUCCAGGAGGACACCAUGGGAAGGCGGAACAUGAAGCUCACCAUGAUGACAAUGAUAAGGAUCAGAAAGGGCUUAUUGACAAGAUCAAGGAGAAGCUUCCUGGGCAUCACAAGAGCGGCGAUGAUAAGAAGGAGACUUAGCCAUUAUUCAUUCUCCUCA